UUAAAUUUGAUUGGACAAGGCAGCCUUUGUUAUUAUUUGGCCCCACCUCUGAUUCUGACAUUUGACGUAACAUUUUUGUCAAUAUUUAAUAAAAAGAACAUGACAUAAAGAAAACACAAAUAGGCAUCUUUCAGAACACCUAUAACGGCUGACAGGGGUCCUUCUUCCAAACAGCAUGGCUGCCUUCAGCAGAGGCAGACAGAAGAUCAAAGCUCUCUGCAGCUUUAGGACUUUAACAUGUUCACGAAACUAUACAGCAGGUAGUUUCGAUUAUGAUCUGCUGGUUAUUGGUGGAGGCUCUGGAGGUUUGGCAUGUUCAAAAGAAGCUGCCCAAUUAGGACAGAAAGUAGCUGUCUUGGAUUAUGUCGAACCUUCAAUUAAAGGCACAAAAUGGGGUCUUGGUGGAACGUGUGUAAAUGUUGGCUGCAUUCCGAAGAAGCUUAUGCAUCAGGCUGCACUGCUUGGCACUGCAGUCAAAGAUGCGAAGAAGUAUGGCUGGCAAAUCCCAGAUACCCUGUCACAUGACUGGGCUACAAUGGCAGAAGCUGUCCAGAACCAUGUGAAGUCUCUAAACUGGGGUCACAGGGUUCAACUACAGGACAAGAAGGUGAAGUAUUUAAAUAUGAAGGGCAGUCUUGUGGAUGAACACACUAUCAGAGCAGUAAAUGCCAAUGGGAAAGAGAUGACAGUGUCUGCCAAAAACAUUGUGUUAGCCACUGGUGGACGGCCAAAGUAUCCCACACAUGUUCCAGGAGCUUUGGAGUUUGGAAUCACAAGUGAUGAUGUUUUCUGGCUCAAAGAGUCACCCAAAAAAACGUUGGUUGUUGGUGCCAGUUAUGUGGCAUUAGAAUGUGCCGGCUUUCUCACAGGCAUUGGACUGGACACCACUGUAAUGGUACGCAGUAUCGCCCUCCGGGGGUUUGAUCAGCAAAUGGCUGGAUUGGUCACAGAUUACAUGAAGUCAUAUGGCACCAAGUUCUCCUGGAGGUGUACACCGAAAAUAGUAGAAAAGCUUCCAUCUGGGCUUCUUCAGGUCACGUGGAUGGACCUUAACACACAAGAGGAACAUCAAGAUACCUUUAACACAGUGCUGUGGGCUGUAGGCCGAGCACCCGAAACCAGGAUCCUCAAUUUGGAACAGGUCGGGGUGGAGAUCAACAAAGAAACCGGGAAAAUAAUCGUGGCCGCUGACGAAGCAACAUCCGUGCCAAACAUUUACGCUAUCGGAGACAUCGGUGAGGGUCGUCCUGAGUUGACCCCGACUGCCAUCAGGGCCGGAAAGCUCCUGGCCCGCAGACUGGCGGGCCAAUCCACUGAGCUCAUGAACUAUGAAAACACCGUUGGUCAAGAUAAUCCAAUAAGGUCCUCGUGUUUACACUACAGAGAUCCAGGUUAGAGCAACACCAACCACAAGCGCGGCUGCGAACAGAUAAACACGUCCAUAAAUCAGGAUUAAGACCCCAUUACGGUUUGCUGAAAUGAGAACCGUAAGAAAAAGCGGCCUAAUGUUUCGAAAAUAUAUUCUGCAAAUAUUGUUGUUUCUCCGGCUGUACUUCCUGUCCAUUAGUCAUGCGCCAGCCUUGACACUGAUGAAUGGGAUAGGCCCGUCGCAACGGUGACACCACCCCAUUUCCCAGGGACGUAGACAAACACUCGGCCAGCAGCGUGUCACUCAAACGCAGAGCCCGGUUGGGGACAGAGUGAGCGCUUGUUUAGUCCAGGAUUUCAGGAAGAUCCCAAGAGCACAGGCGGAGCAGAGAGUACACUGUAAUAACAUACACAAGGCCGGGAGAGGACGUUUGUGCUUUUGUUAGUGCCGCGAGUGCCCUGCAGGUGGCAGUGUUAGCUUCCUUUUCCCACUGAUCUUUAGUCACACAUGGGAAGGAUGAAGUCUGAACCAUUAAGUCAUUACGAGUCACAGUUAAUCACCGGCUGAGUUUAAGAUGAAUUGAACGCUUACCGAGCGUGCUGCGUUUCGUAGGUUUAGCUUAUCUGUUGUUUGUGUAUUUGGCUAAUAGCUUCAGCCGACGGUGCUGCCGCCCGCUUUGAGGGUACUUACACGGCAACUAUUCCCAAAAGUUGAAUUUGGAAAUCUUUAACACUUCCUAUUUACUUUCAAGUAAAAAAUGUAUGUUAAAGGAACAGUUCACCCCAAAAUUAAAAUUUGCAUAUACGGUAUGUUACUCACCCUCAAGCCAUCCUAACUGAAAAUUACUUAUUUUUAUCAGCCGAAUGCAGUUAAAUUAAAUAAUAUUCUGGCUCUUUUCUGUUUUAUAAUGGCAUUGGAUGGCCCAUUUUUAAAUCUAGUCAUCAAAACUAAUCAAUACACUUAAUAAAUACCUUUUGAGGUAAAGCGAGAGAUUUUGUAAUUCUGGGUCAGUGGUCAGCCUCUGGCAUAGUUUUUAUAAAAAAAAUUUUUUACAAAACCCAUCAGAAGACAUUUAAUAUUUGUAUGGAUUUGUUUUUGAUUAAUGGAUGCACUUUGUGGAGAUUUAAAAAUGGGGCACUAUCCAUUUGCCAUUAUGAAGCUAAAAAGCGACAGAAUAUUGUUUAUUAUAACUUAUUAUUUAAUAAGACAUCGUUUGGCUAAAAGAAGAAAGGCAUUUACAACUACGAUGGCUUGAGGGUAAGUGAAAAUAUAAGUAAAAGACGCAUUUUUGAAGGAUAUCAAGUCUUGCAAAAAAAAGUUAAUGUUGACUGGGCUGUAGUCGUUUUUAAUAUUAUAUAAAAAAAGACAUUAAUCCACAUGUCUCCAAAUAAAAGAAUGUGCAUCAUAUCGUUUUAGAAAAACAUGAAAGUAUGCAAAUGGCGAAAACUACGUUACUUGUGUGUGUUCUUGAUGGUAAGGAUGCGGUCAUGGCCAAAUUUUGCAUCAUUUCAUACGUCUAUUCAUGCUGCGUAAACACCUAAGAGUUUAAAUGAAAGAGGCCCACACUGGAUUUUCGGGAACGCCAUUGAUUUACAAGUGAGCUUGUGUGCUGGAAAGAAGGGUACUGGUGGAGUUUGUUUUUGUUUGAAGUCUAAUCUGCCCUGGCUCUGAUUAAUGAGCUUAAGAGCGGAGUGACAGGUUGCCGUGGUGAUGGAGAGGAGCACUGCGCUACCAGGUUUAUUUGUACCCGGGGCUGAUGGGUGGGAGGGGGUAACGUGUGCUCGACUCGGGGACGGGGUGCUGAAUGAAGACCCCUGACCCCAACACAGUACCACCAACAGCUUUGCUGUAUCAAGGCUCACAUAUAUACACACAGCUGAUGGGCGGGGCUGCACAACGAUGCAAAAUUUAUGGAAGUUUGUGUUUAUGACAAGUUUGUCUUUCAAAGUGGUCUACGAAAUGUCUGUAUGAUUUAUGUGAUCAGUCCGAGGCUUCAUUUGUGUCAUUCAUACAUCGAGACAGCAGCUCCAGCCCGUGAACACACACAUACAAACACGCACACACAGUAAAGGGUCAGGGUUCAACUUUCAAGGGCCCAGCUAAUGAUGACUUGCGCUAAAAGCCCAAACUGGAGAGGGCAAGUCUGAUGUCACCUGGCGUCCAGUUUUAUUUUUGUAAAUAGAGAUGCCUUAUUUGCUAUAGAGGCUUGUACUGGAUAAUUUAUGUGUGUAAUAAAUUAUGAAAAUGUACACUUGCACUAUUAAAAAUUGAUGAAUUGUAA